AUGCGUAUAUGCGAAAAAAAAAAGCAGCCGUAUACAUAUUACGACUGCUAUCUAUCUUUGUUCGUUUCUAUCUAUCUAUCUAUCUAUCUCUGUAUUCAUAUCUAUCUAUCUAUCUAUCUAUCUAUCUAUCUAUCUAUCUCUGUGUUCAUAUCUAUCUAUCUAUCUAUCUAUCUAUCUAUCUAUCUAUCUAUCUAUCUAUCUAUCUCUGUGUUCAUAGCCAUCUAUCUAUCUAUCUAUCUAUCUAUCUAUCUAUCUAUCUCUGUUUUCAAAUCUAUCUAUCUAUCUAUCUAUCUCUGUGUUCAUAUCUAUCUAUCUAUCUAUCUAUCUAUCUCUGUUUUCAAAUCUAUCUAUCUAUCUAUCUAUCUAUCUCUGUGUUCAUAUCUAUCUAUCUAUCUAUCUAUCUAUCUAUGUGUUCAUAUCUAUCUAUCUAUCUAUCUAUCUAUCUAUCUAUCUAUCUAUCUCUGUGUUCAUAGCCAUCUAUCUAUCUAUCUAUCUAUCUAUCUAUCUAUCUAUGUGUUCAUAUCCAUCUAUCUAUCUCUGUGUUCAUAUCUAUCUAUCUAUCUAUCUAUCUAUCUAUCUAUCUAUCUAUCUAUCUAUGUGUUCAUAUCUAUCUAUCUAUCUAUCUAUCUAUCUAUCUAUCUAUCUAUCUAUCUAUCUCUGUGUUCAUAUCCAUCUAUCUAUCUAUGUGUUCAUAUCUAUCUAUCUAUCUAUCUAUCUAUCUAUCUAUCUAUCUGUUCAUAUCUAUCUAUCUAUCUAUCUAUCUAUCUAUCUAUCUAUCUAUCUAUCCGAUUAAUUAUUAUCUAUCUGAUUAAUUAUUUAAUCCAGAUUGGGACCAUAGGAAUUGAGUCACCGACGCGACCGAUCCAACGUGGUCAACAAUGCGACCUUCGUCUUAAUGUAUUCCGUAUUGAUUGUUUUGGCCAUCUACAAGAACAGCUUGCGUUUGGUAUCCAAUCCCAGAUCGACUGUAACCAGAGACAGGCUGGCGACGUUGCCCUUAACGGCGUCGAUUGGGUUACCGUCCGGGAGUCUCACCUCUCUGCGCCACAGCUUGACCGCCUUAUGAAAUGCAAAGAAUAA